AUGUUGAAAGUGAUAAGCAAGACUUACUGCACAAGGAAAUAUGUCCAGCCACCGCGCGUCAAACCCUUCGCACCGAGGAGCGUCUACUGUCGCGCGAAAAAUCCCAUAGAUACGAAAACAACGUACCAUUUAUCGUAUCAGAAUGAGGACCAAGUCCGCCAAGCUCCCGUAAAGCCAAUAAAGCCCGUCAACAGCAUCAGUUUGCCCCAGGACAAGCUGCCGAGCGACACAACGAACAAAUUAAGUUAUCUGCCGGUAUGCGGGAUUUACAAGGCAGAGCCCAUCCUUCCUCGCCCAAGACUGCGCCCGCAGCAGGGCACCAUGGAGUGCCUGACCACGAUUAGAAAGGACUUUGAGCCGAAAUACGCGUCUCGGCCGGAAAUGAUAGUACCUUGCGGCCAAAUAAGGACGAGCAAGGGCGCCUUCAGCGGAAAAACGACCACUUUGCUGUCGUACAUGAACCCAGGCCCGGUAGAGGCGGUCCCGAGUUACAGGCCCAAGAUGAGGUACUGCCAGCCGUCCCAGCCCACUGCCACGGAGACCACGCAAAAACUGAGCUACGUACCCCACGAGAUGGCCAAGAAGGAAAAAUACCCCUGGGCUCGAAAACCCGUCUACAGAGCCCCGGAAGUCGCGAUGCCCGGCGAAACGACGUACAAAAAAACCUACCUCGAGAGCAAGUCCCUGCAGAGGGAUCUGCCGAUACUGCCAAAGGACGCGGGCGUACUGCCGAGCGGGACGGAGUUUGUCAACGACACGGUUUACAGGGAGAGCUUUCUACCCGCGUCCGCGGAACCGGUGGCUCCGUUCCUCCCGAGUCAAAACAUCACCCUGUCCGACAAGAGAAUGACUUGCGUCACCACAAACGAGCUGAGCUACAAAGCCGUCGGGGGCGAGAGGCGGAAACCGAUAAUGCCGCGCAGUAAGAAAAUACUGUGCAACGCGGGCUCGAUGCAGAACGAGACGACCAAUCGGGAGGCCUUUGGCCCGAAAAUCGCUCAGCCUCCCAAGGCGAUCAAGCCCCGCGGGAACAUUCACUCGCGCGAUCAAUCCCUGAUGGAGACCAAGACAGUGACGGCCCUGUCGUUCGCCAAGCCCGGCCCCGUUCCUCGGCUGCAGAACUACAAGCCGAUCGCGAAAUACUGCAAACCAGAUAGCAAGAUAGAGGAUGAGACGAUCAGUAAGAUGUCGUACCCGCGGUGGUCGAUCGGGCCGAAGGAGGAGCUGCCUUGGGCCCAGAAAGGGCGGUACAAGUCGCCGAAGGACGCGAUGCCGACUUGUACGGUGUAUCACAUGAGCUUCCCGGCCCCGGGGUACUACGUCGAGGAGUCCGAAGGCUGUGAAUCCACCAAACCUUGAAGUUGCAAG